AUGUACCAGCUGGAGGAUGCCUUCAACAGAAAGUACAUGUAUGACUGGAUAUUCUUCAGCACCGAACAGCUGAGCGAAAAGUUCCGUCGGUACACUUCCAACGCCACGCUGGCGACCUGCAUCUACGAGGUUAUCCGUAACAGCGAUGUCGGUACUCACUGUUGGAGAACUACCCGCCAAGGCCCGGAUGGAGCCCCAACACAAGCGUCCCAAGAGUCACCGUCACCGUCACCAACUCGAGCUGAGUACCUGGAUCCAUUGCAGAGCCUACGACAAAUACAGCGGUGGAACAAUGGCCCGUUUGCCAGAGAGAAACGGCUCCAAUCGUAUGACUGGUUCUGGAGGAUCGAGCCUGGCGUUCAGUUCACAUUUGAUAUAACUUUUGACGUAUUCCGGUUCAUGAGAGAUCACAACAUAACGUAUGGAUCCAACAGAGCCACUGUCGCUCCUUUCCACACAUCCUCGCUUUCUCAGCAGGUUCAAAGGUUCAUGGACAAGCAUCCUGAUCUCUUACACGCAGAUGCGGAUGUCUCGUGGCUCCUAGGCUCCUCCGGUAGCUCAAAUGCACGGCAAGCCCUCCAAAGUGAUUAUGCCGAAGACCUCUGGUCUUCACCGCUGCGCAGCUACCAUGGUAAAGUCAGCAAGGACUAG